AUGCUGCGCUCCCUCAAACGGCCGCGCGAGGAUGAGCCCGCCCGCGAUGAUUCCAAGAAACUCUGUCCAACAUGGCCACUCGCGACCGGUUCCCUUCAAUCCUCCACCGAUCUCGACCAGACCAUGCGAUUUCGCGCGCCAGCCUUGACACCCGUCGACUCGGAUGAUGAGUGUCCUAGCACCGACGGGAGGGAGAACAAGUCAUAUACGGGCGCGAUGCAGGUGCUAGACAGCCAAGCCCACCCAUCCCCUCUUCAGCUGAACCCAGCCCCGUCAAAACUGCUAGCAGCUGGAGAUGAUGGCUUCCAAUGGCCACAGGCCCAUAUUCCCAGCCAGCCAUCGCCAAUCCCUCGCGCGCUGGUUAAUCGUUCCCUCGAUAUCAACGCCUCAGCAUUGACAGCCCCGGGCUUUGGCCACGAAGAUGCAGACCAGCAAUACCAGAACCAGGCAGACACAAUUAUGGAAGACAGUCCCUUCCACAAGGACCAGGCACCACCACUCCCCCCACCCGCCAUCCGCAUCCCUAGCCCCAUCAGCGACGACGACAUGACCAUGGCCAACACGAACACCAGUGACGCCGGGGCCUAUCAAGCCUCAUACCAAGUCUCCUACCGCGCCUCACCUGCCCCGGGCCUGGAUUACGGAAACAUCUCCACCGAGCCGGUCGCCGCGCAUCCCAUGUCGCCUGCUGCGAGUGCAAGUUCCAAUGCCUCGCAAACGACCCCGGUUCCGACAUCCUGCUCGGAGUCAUCGCAUCGUCGCUCAGCGUUGGUGAUGGGCUACCGCGCGGACUGCGAUAAGUGUCGUUGCAAGGUUCCUGGGCACUACAGCCAUAUCGUUCAGAGGGCUUGA